AUUGGUUUCAGGAGGGCACGGCGAGGCUAGGGGGAAGGAGAAGGGAUCAGGAGCGGGAGCUGAGGGGAGAGAGAGGCCGGUCCUGGUCUGGCCCUUGCGGCUGCUAGCCCGAGGUCUCCAAGCCGGGCUACGGCUUCAUCCUCGGCUCCUGGGCACCGUCUGCGAGGCUCCGCCGACCAGAGUGAGAAAGCCGCGGGCGGCGACCGCCGCAUCAUGUCAGCCAAGGACGAGCGGGCCAGGGAGAUCCUGAGGGGCUUCAAACUAAAUUGGAUGAACCUUCGGGAUGCUGAGACAGGGAAGAUACUCUGGCAAGGAACAGAAGACCUGUCUGUCCCUGGUGUGGAGCAUGAAGCCCGUGUUCCCAAGAAAAUCCUCAAGUGCAAGGCAGUGUCUCGAGAACUUAAUUUUUCUUCGACAGAACAAAUGGAAAAAUUCCGCCUGGAACAAAAAGUUUACUUCAAAGGGCAAUGCCUAGAAGAAUGGUUCUUCGAGUUUGGCUUUGUGAUCCCUAACUCCACAAAUACCUGGCAGUCCUUGAUAGAGGCAGCACCCGAGUCCCAGAUGAUGCCAGCAAGCGUCUUAACUGGGAACGUUAUCAUAGAAACAAAGUUUUUUGACGACGAUCUUCUUGUAAGCACAUCCAGAGUGAGACUUUUCUAUGUUUGAAAGAAGAAUGUGUGUGCAUUUCAAGAAUUUGGGUUUUUUGGAGGGAGGAGGAAGCUCUUUACUUUUUUCCUCCACACGUUUGAUUUCUGACACAUACACCCCUAAUUCCCUCAACAGCAGAACCUACCUGCAGCCACCAGGGGACCAGCUCUGUGUAGGUAACCAGAUGGCUUUUUCCCAAUCUGCCAUCUUCCAGCUGACCAGACUGAACUCCCAACCCCAGACCCGGGCAGGGGACAGGUCUCAAGUCCUUCCCAGCAUACACACAGAGAACAAACACAUACCACAAACCGGUAACUGUACCUGUCACCCUCCUUGUCUCCUCCUUGGGCCGUACAGGCUACACAUCUACCUUUGGCCCCUGGUUUUGGAAAAAUUCCGUGUUCCUGACCCAUGUUUAGUUUUUUCCUACCAUUUCUAUUUCAUACAUUCUCAUACAUUUAACUUGUAAAAUAGACUGUGAUAUUAUUACAUAAUGUAAUUAAAAAUAUGAAUUAAAAUAUUCCUACAGUCUUUA